AAUUCAUCUCAUCUCUCCGCCUCUCUCCCCCGGCCGGAAUAUUCGUCGCCGGAGUAUUGCGCGGCCGUAAUUCGUGUAAUUUUCUCUGCUUUUCUCGUCAAUUCGAUCGGAAUGUGAUUUUCCCUCCGUUUCUGGUGGAUUAAAUAAAUCCUCUUUAUUGAUUCGACUCGUCGAAUCCUCGAGUUUCAGAGCCUUCGGUUUCUGAAUCGAUUGCUUUCUAUUUCUCGUUGUCUGUGUUGAGAGUAAUUUGUUGAUUCACUUUCACCUCAAAUUUGAUACCGAAGAACAGUAGCUAGUGUUCUCGCAAUCUGUUCUGUUCAUUCUCAACUUCUGCUUGAUUAUCAUCUGAAUCAACAAUUCCGAAGCGCAGAAAUUCAACAGCUCCUUUGAAAUUGAAUACAUACAUACGUAUAUAUCGAGUAGGAAUGGCGGAUUCGGAUAAUGAAUCAGGAGGAAACCGCGACCACAGUUCUCAAAACGAAGCGUCUCCUCGCGAGCAGGACAGGUUCCUCCCGAUCGCCAACGUCAGUAGGAUCAUGAAGAAGGCUCUCCCUGCGAACGCCAAAAUAUCCAAAGACGCCAAGGAGACGGUGCAGGAAUGCGUCUCCGAGUUCAUCAGCUUCAUCACCGGAGAGGCCUCCGACAAGUGCCAGCGCGAGAAGCGCAAGACGAUCAACGGCGACGACCUGCUGUGGGCGAUGACUACUCUCGGAUUCGAGGAGUACGUGGAGCCGCUCAAAGUCUACUUGCAGCGCUUUCGGGAUAUGGAAGGAGAGAAGAGCGCUAUCGCAGGAAGAGGAGACAAAGAGACAAUCGGCGUCGGCGGAGGAGGAGGAGGGAAUGGUAGCGUCGUGAAUUUAGGAACCUCCGGCGGCGGAGACGGUUACGAAGGGAUGUAUGGCGUGAAUAUGAUGGGAGGAUCCGUAUACGGGUACGGGCAAUCACAGGGUAUACCCGGUAAAGUGGGAUCGAGUUAUAAUAUCGGAUCCGGGUCGGGAACGGGCAUGGGCGCUGGCAGGCCUAGGUAAAUAUUUGACUUCUACUUUAAACUAAAGCCGUACAUUAAUUAAUUAGUGAUUGAUGGGGAUUUCUAUUAUUAUUCAUAUUAUUAUUAUUAUUAUAUUUGUAAUAUUAUUGUUCUUGCAUAAUCAUACAUAUAUACAUACAUUAAUACAUACAUAUAUAUAUAUAUAAAGCCUUUCCUUUUAUUGAAAAAAAAAAAAAAAACAUAAUUUAAUUGGAGGGAUUGAUAUAAUUUGAUAGGGUGAAUGAAUGAAUGAGUGUGUAUGUUUGUAUUGUCAUUUUCAAUUCCCUUCUUACAAAAAAAAAAAAAAAAAAAAAAAAAAAAAAAAAAAAAAAAAAGAAG